AUGUCCUAUUUUGGACUGCCCCUCGAGGUUCUCCUCAACGUCCUUGACCAGCUUGUUGGAUUUCCUGACGGCCGCCAACCCAUCUUCGAUGCCUCAAACCCCAUCACCAAAACUCUGCGAGCACUCACUUUAACAUCCCGUACUAUCUACCCAAUUGCGUCGAGAUAUCUCUACAGCCACUGUCUCUACCUUGGUGACUGCGUUGGCUAUUCAUGUCUCCGGAGAACGCUAGGCCUGGACCUUGGAAACCAUCCACAGUCGCUACCUUAUGGUCAAGCUGGACGAAACGACAGAUUGUGGCACGACGCCAACAUCCAUCGGUACAUCACGUCGGUUUUUAUCUCUCCGAUGAGACUCGAAUGUAGUGAUUCGACGCCCGUGGUCCGACUACCACAGAUCUUAGACCUCUGCGAUACAAUUGGAUCGAGAUUAAAACGACUAGUAUUGGACAUACAGCCCGUACACUUCCCACACAACGAGGACGCGCACCUGAGGUACUAUUGGGGCGGGCAAAACGUCUUUUUACAAAUGCCGAACCUGGAGGAACUAGUCGUAAGCUACGACGUGAUGGACUAUUUUCCACUACCGCCGCCGAAUUUGAAGAGACUCACUAUCACAACACAAGACCUCCACGAUGCAGCAAUGAGGUUCUGCUUCUCCGUCUCCACCCUGAAGACCCUCAUCCUGCUCCGCCCAAUAGAACUAAGCGCCGCCGACAUCGAUAGCCUAUUCACUGCCUACAAGGGCCUGAAGCUAGAUGUCAUCUUUGUAGCCGUCAACUCGAAUCAUCGCACCCCAAAGGACACCAGAAACUGGACUGACGGCGACACAGUCACGAUCUGGGAAGCUGACGUUCCUACUAGUUUCUACGGCGACGACGACGAUCUCGCCUUGUGUGAUAGUUGGAUAUGGAGUCAUGCUGUCCAAGGCACGCUUUGGACUCGGAAGUGUAGACGCAUGGCUUCGUGGUCGGAGGUGCAGAGGAGACUCGCUGGGCCUGUUCAUUAUAUCGUGGAUGACACGUAA